AAAGCAUGCUUUGAUCUAUGAGUUCCUGGUUAUUAUGCAUAUAUCAUAGUAUGUAAUAGUAUAUAGUAGUAUAUAUAAGAGUAUAUAUAAUGUAUAAGGGGGGGGUGACCUGCUCCUCUCAUCUCUGAGCAGCAGCUGUACUCCGGGCUGUAGCCGUCUCCAUAGCAACGCGUUCAGAAGUCCCAAACAGAGUCCGCCACAGUUUCCGCUCCGCUGCUAAGAUGCUGUCACAAACAUCACCUGUACUCGUGAGUAAUGGUCUCCAAGCGACAGAAUCUGGUGUGAUCAAUGCAGUGAACGCUCACACCUCCCAGAUUCCUGGUCUGUCUGCCACCACCAGCCCUCCCCCCGAGGAGAAGGCCCGAGGGCGAAGAGUCGCAGUCCUGGACACUGACUCUGACUAUGUCAAGCUCGCCAAACAAGGAGGACAUAAGGGACUUUUGUGGCACGAGGAAACAGUUGCUUCUACACCCAAUGAAUACAAACCUCCAAACUGGUUCUGCUCACCGUCAGAGGACAACGGCGAACUAAGUCUCAUUAACAGUGAGGAGAAGAAAAACCCUGGAGCCUUUCAACCACUGGAACCUCCCUUCGGGGGUGACAGUAUGUCAGCCUGGGAGAGGAGCGAUAGCAGCAGCAGCCGCAAAGAGAAGAACAACAACCCUCACUUCAGCCAGAUGGAGAAAAUUCAGUCACCCAUCCAAUAUUUAGAGACCAGCAAAUUCAGGAAGAGAGUGUUCGACAAGAGGCCGGCUCCGGUCGACAUGUCGAAGCUGUUGAGCUUUGGUUACGCAGACGACGACAAACCAACAGUCACCACUGAUGUGUCAAUUUAGAAGACUGCCAGUGCGUGGAAAACUAACGUUUGCCAUCCUCUCUUCUGACGACGCUCACUUCUUCACCCCGUCAUGCUGAGCCACAUCAAAUAUUUGACUUGUCUUAAACUCAAGUGUGAAGGUGCAUCAGUGAAAAAUGUUAGGACCUUUUAUUCUUCUCGAAUGUUAGUGCCGUCUAAUUAUAUGCGUUUGUUAAAUGAGGAAGGCACCAGAUAGGAAGGUCCUGUUGUUUUUGCUGUUUUUAAAUCUGUAAAAAAGUCAUUUUCAGGAAUAAAAGUUUGAGAAUUUGAACAAAAUUG